UGUUCCAUAAUGUUAAAAGCUAUUUCGUAUCGAAACAAUCAUAUACGGAAUAGUUGGACUACUUGUUAUUCCGGAAAACAACCGAGGAAAAUUCCAACUUUACAUAUCCCAUAGUGAUGACAACAGUUGUUUAUGACGUCAUAAGAGAUAUCAAAAUGGGUCCUUGCGUCUCUAAACAUAAUUAUCGCAAAGUUUAUGCUGCUCCCACUGCAGAGGAAGGGAGAAAUAGGAGGGGUGUAAGACAGUUCCUAAACCGGUUGUUUGGCCGGUUUAGGAAAAACACUGUCUUACCGGCGGUUGUUCAAGGCGUGGGCCCUGUGAACACCGCUUCAGUGUGCAACCUGACCCUCGAGAUCCUUAUUGAUGAAACGGUGGGUGACAUUUUGGGAGAAUCGUCGCCAGUUCCUGCCAACAUUCUCUCAAAAUACACGGCUGGCUCCAACAGUGACGAUUCGAGCUGUAAUCUUCCCCUGUCAAAAGCCUCAUCUCAUACCUCUGCAAGCUGCACGAGUGUGAUGGCAAAAGCUGAGCUGGCCCGCCGGCUCGGUAAACCAAUCAGGGGAAUCGAGAAACCUUACUCAGAUCGACCUGUUGGAGCUUACCGGCCCACCGGGAAUGUGAAGACUCCACGGCAAAAGAAAUCAAGAUGUAAUCCCACUGUUCAUGAAGACAUGUCCUUCAGCAUCUUGAUUCGGUAUUCGGAGUAAA